AGUUAAUUACUGCGCAUGUACGAACACAUGGCUUCAAUCCUCUGCUCCACGUGAAGCGGGGCUGGAGAAGAUUUAGGGGCUGUUCUAUAAUAUAACUGUAUAUAAAUUUUAAUAGCAGUUUUCAACAUAUUUAGGACACUAUGGGUAAUGUAAAUGCAGCAUCACAACCUCCAUCAGCGGCGGUACCACCGUUAUUAACACCACCGCCACCUGCACCACCUAAAGAACCGGCACAAACUUCUGGGCUUUCUGGAGGUCCCCCAUCAGAAAUUCCCCCAACAAAUUUUCCUGACAAUCCUGGAACUUUUGAAGAUCUCCAUAAAAAAUGCAAAGAUGUAUUUCCUCAAGUGUUCGAAGGUGGGAAGCUGAUUAUUUCCAAAGGUUUAAGCAGUCAUUUUCAAAUCAGCCAUACUUUGUCUAUGAGUACAUUCCAGUCAACUGGAUAUCGGUUUGGAGGAACAUAUGUUGGUACCAAAAUGUACAGUGCUCAAGAGGCUUACCCUGUUCUUAUUGGUGAUACUGAUGCUUCUGGUAAUAUGAACGCAAACAUUAUACAUCAAUUUACUGAAAGACUUCGAGGAAAAUUUGUUGCCCAAAUCCAGAACAGCAAGUGGCUGGCCACACAAUGCGCUGUGGAUUAUAAAGGCAAUAAUUUCACUGGUUCUUGUACUCUUGGAAAUAUAGAUAUUGUUAAUGAAUCUGGUAUUGCAGUUGCUCAGUACUUACAGAAAGUUAGCUCUUCAUUAAUGCUUGGUGCUGAGGUAUUAUAUCAGUAUGGUAAUACCGUCCCUGGGAAUGAAAUGGCUAUACUUUCAUUAGCUGGGAAAUAUUCAGGAGAUAAAUGGCAGCUUUCUGCUAACUGUAGUCCUGCUGCUGGAGGUAUUCACUUAGGAUUUCAUCAGGAGGUCAUGGAAAACCUUGAAAUAGCUGUUGAAAUGGAAUCAAGUUUACAAGAAAGUGCUACAACAGUAGGAUACCAAUAUGAAAUUCCGAAUGCUGGAAUGACAUUUAGGGGACAACUGGAUACUAACUGGUGUGUAGGGGCAAUGUUGGAGAAGAAACUGCUGCCAUUUCCAUUUACCUUUGCUUUGAGUGGAUAUGCUAAUCACACUAAAGCACAAUACCGAUUUGGUGUUGGUCUUAUUGUAGGUUAAGGAAUUUAGGUUGUUAUCACCCAACAGGAACGUACAAGCAAAGAUACAUAUAUUGUGAAAACCUUCAUUAACUCAUCAGUGCAUGGUGAGCCAUACUGAUGUUCUAAGAUGUUAUCUUGAAGGAUGUAUGUUGAUCUGGGUUUUUAUUUAAGCUAACCUAUGUAUAGGUGUUUGAGAAUAUACAUGCAUCUCUGUAUAUUUGUAUGCUUGUGCAUAUAAAAAUAUGUGCAUACAUGUAAGUUCAAAUAUGAUGUAUAUCUAUAAUUUUGUGUGUGUGUGUGUGUGUGUUUGUCUGGAUAUAUCAGUUGUAUCAGGACAAUUAAGUUAAAUUCAAACUUAUUUUGUAUGAAAAUGAUCCCAGAUCAGAGAUAUCAAAAAACCUAUAAUAGAAGAUUUAGUUGAGUCUAUGAUAAGUAGACAGUGAGGGGAGUAAAUUUCAGAAAAUAUCGUCUUUUGAUUUUCACCUUAGUAUAGAUGAAAGAUUUAUCUUUAUGGAACAUUAGGUUUUUAACAGAUCUAUAAUAAAAUAUCGGCUUUAAAAUCUUGAUCAUGGCCACUAAUUGAAGUCAUUAAGACUAAAUCAGCCAACUAUCCACAGCAACUUUUCUGUUUUAAGAAUUUUAUUAACAGCUGACUACUUUACUGUAACUGCUAAUUAAUAUCCAAGCAGUUUUUGAAAUUGUUGACUUCAGCAAGAGUUAUAAAAGUGUCUGUGACCUGAUUUUGAUCCCUAGUUGAAGUCAAUUCAUUGAAGCCAUUAAUGCCUUUUAGAAAGGCUCAAACAUUAUACAAUCUCAUUUCCCUUCCCAGUAAGCAUGAGGUCUUAUGCUUAUGUAAGAGAGCGAUAUUGUUAUUGUUACACAACUUAAAGCAAAUGUUAAUACAUUCUGUCUCCACGUAUUUUUAAAGCAAAUUCAUUUUUAAUAAUUAUUGUACCAAGAUGGAGGGAAGGUAGGAUACAUUUACUUUGAUUGGAUUUUGAGAACAAUAGAGCUAUCAGCCAGUUAGUAUUGGUGACCAGAGACAGUACAUUGAUUAAUAUGAACCUGAAAUGUUACUAAAUCUGUUUGCACUCAUAAGAGUCAAUUUUCAAACACCUAAAAUGGUUACUUAAUUCAAACCCAAUAUUUGCUGGAUGACUUUCUUUUUACUUCCAUUUGUAAACUGUUGACUUAGAUAAAUGUAAAUUUGUUUCACUCUACAUCAUUUCCCACUUUUUAAAAAUCAACACAUGUUUUUGUUAUAAGAAAUUUGAUUCCUCUAUUAUUUUGUGCUUUUGACACAAUCCCAGAAUAUUGAUGCCAUAUCUGUGUUCCUUACUACAUUCAUGUUAUAUGCAUUGCUUGAUCACGACAUCUCAAUACUAAGGGGUUUGCCCUUUGUGGAAAAAUUUUAAUCAAUAAAUAUGAACAUUUCUAGAUAUACUAAAAGGUUUGUCUAUCUUUAAUUAGCAGUCAAUGUAAAAUAUUCAGUGGGAUAUAAAAAUAUGGGGAGGGGGCAACCUGCUGUUAAUAUUCUUCAAGCUUAGCUAGUUGUUUGACAAAUGUUAUGUUCUUUGGAUGUCAAUAUAUCGAAGGGUCUUAAUGUACUUCAACCCAUUUCAUUUACUACAUAUUCAAUUUUGGAGUUUGAAAAUUAUGUUGAUUACAAAGACAGUGAGACUCAAGUUAUUUAAAUGAAUCAAUCUUCGUCUAAAUUCGACAUUCUUUAUAUCAUGGUUAUAAAAGUAUUUAUUCAAAAGUAGUAAAGUGUCAAAAGCAUUUCAUAUCUGUGUAAAGAUAGAAAUAUUUCUCCCUCUCUCUCUCUGCCUUAAUUUCAUAAUUUUUCUUACUGAAUAAACUCUGUUACAAAAUAAGCUUGGAUUGAGUAGUAAA